CGACAUUGUAACGUGCUAGUAUAGUUAUAAACAUGGUUCGCGUCGUCAGCGGACGGGAUCUUGCGUGAGGCCAUCGCGGCAAUGCCUCGCUGUAAGAUUGAAGAGGCUGGACCUAUGGUGUUGUUUCACGGCGACUUUAGCUCGUGAGUCGCCUGUAAGUGAGGCCCUGGGUGUCUGCUAGGUGUCAGACGGGAAACAUAAGUAGUGGGCAGGAAGGUCGCUCGCUUCGCAAUUCCGGGCAACUUCCAACCCCUCGGCCACAUCCUUUACAUUUUUUCGUAGAAAUAAAGGAGCCCAAUCGCUGCCAAAAUGUAGUCCGUAGUACACACCACAACUUGUAACUUUUACCACUCAUUGCAGACACACGAGGAUUCUUGGUAUCAUGUCAGAUCACGUCGAUUUUCUGUAUAUGAUCCCGAAUGGGUCCGCCUCCAGCUCUUCGCAUAGGGUUGGAAUGGUUGGUGACAGGGUAAAACAUAACUCUGACUACACGAACCUUUCCCACACCGGCGAUGCGUUCAUGACAACACCCGUGUCUUUGUUAGAUGCCCAGAGCCAGAGAGUUGUGACUUCCCCUGCAGCGUCCUCAUCCGGAAAUGCGCUCUUUCCAUUCACGACCCCACAUGCUUUGGUGAGAUACCCGGCCCUCUUGCAAACCGAGGACAACUUGAAGGGCAGCCACCACCUUCAGAUGCAGGAAGCCCUUGCCCUCCAAGCCUGGCAUUACCAGAGGUUCUUGCAGCUCUGCGAGGAUGUCAAGCGCAUCCAAUCACAAAUUUCGAACCACUUCUCUGCCCCCUCAACAACCUCUGCGCCCGCGGCCCAUGAACAGUGGACGCCUUCUUUUCCCCAUGGCAACCACUCUCCUCAGACAGGAAAUCACUGUUCUGCUUCAUCCAGUGACUUUCCAUGCAACAAUCCUUUCCCCCCCUUUGAUUCCAGCAAGUUCAUGACCUGGGAUUCUAUCCAAGAAGCCGGCAACACUUUUACCCAUGACGCCAGCCUUCUUCAGAGCCAGAUGGAUAGAGGUACGGUCGACAUUCAUAAAAAUGGCAUGUCCACGGCCACCCUCUUCGGCAAUUCGACCGAGUUCGACUUCUUUACCUCUAUUGACCAGUCUUCCAACGGCAGAGGUACCUCGACCUCGGAGACAUCAGUACCACCAGCCAAUGCUCCAUCUCCCAGUCCAGAACGCCAGGAACCGUCUCAUACACCGGCAACUGGCCCCAAAAGUCCCAGCCCCAGCUCCUCAGAUCGCAUCCCAUGCCCCAUCAACACCUGCGGUCAUACAUCGGCGACCAAACGGGACAUGCAGCGUCACAUUGACGACAAACAUGAUGACAGACCUGAGGACUUGACUGGCGCAGGGUGGAGCUUGAGCCCAGAGAUACCAUGCUCUCACAGCGGCUGCACCUUGAAGUUCCGCCGCAAGGAUCGCUUGAAGAGGCACCGUGCCGCGGGAAAGCAUCGCUGUUGAUAGGUACUUCCACCAAUUCGACGCCAUACAAGGAAGUAUCACUCUUCUUGGUACUACCUUAUUCUGAAGGCCUACGUCCCCCGGAAUCAGUAUAGGAAAUUGAACACAGAGCGAAGAACCGCUUUGGACAAAAUGGACACCCGAGGACAAGAAGGCAAUAA